ACUAAUUUGUUCUUAAAAUUAAUUUUGUCAAAUUAUGUGAAGUAGCGAAAAUAAAUGGUUCAUGACUUAUGCUGGUUUUAAAUCUAUUUCAGAACUUAUAGCUAGGCUUUGGUCAGAGAUUACUUCGAGUCGUCCAGGAUUUAUUAAUGUUGCUUCAGCGUCUGUCACAAUUUGGAAGAUCUUCCGUUUGACGUGCAGCUGUAACGGCGGUGGAAGCGUUUUCACCGUUGCGGCGAUCGAAGAAAAAAAUACAUCCAAGAGGUCUAAGCUUGACUGCUGCGAUACCUGCUGCUGGUAGUUAAAUGGCGCCUGCACUGGUGGCGGCUGUACAUAUCCACGUUGUCGAUUCAACUUGCUACAGCCAUGAGGACUUGACCCCUACAAAAUUAACAGAGUUUGCUCCGUUACAACAGGAGGAAAAACCCCAAACUGUGGGACAGUUUAUAUCAAAAUUUUUUAAAAUAACAAAAUCAGAAGAGACUUCCGCGCCUGAGAAUAAUUGUGCUAUUCAGGAAACUGUACCAACAUGGGCGAAAGAAACGAGCGAUUCUUCAGAAUCUCCUGUUCCAAAUAUUUACCCAGUAGAUGUAAACGAAGGUCGAAGUCUACAGAAUGUUCUCAAAAGGAUAAGCAAUUUAGUAGCUCUUAGGACAAAUAAUUUACAAGAUUAUGCAGAUACAGAUUUGAAACAGUAUUGGAUGCCAGAUUCCGUAAGUAAAGAAUGCUAUGAGUGUUCAGAGAAGUUUACUACAUUUAGAAGAAAGCAUCACUGUAGAGUAUGUGGGCAAAUAUUUUGUUCUCAAUGUUGCAAUCAGAAUCAACAGAUUCCAGGAAAAAUAUUUGGUUGUACAGGUGAUUUAAGAGUAUGCACGUACUGUUGCAAAGUUGUACUUUCUUACCUCCAAUCCUCGAAUUUUGGAGUCAAUCUUACUGCUGAUUUAAAAGCUUUACAAGAGAGUUUACAAAAUAAAUUUGGUGUCUCUCCAAGCGGUUCUUUUUCAUAUGAUACAUCACAGAAAUCUAACUUAAAUACUUCAGAAAGUUCUGAGCAAUUGAGGAGAAAAAUAUCUGUCGGGUAUCAAGAGGAGAAAUUUGCUUCUGGAAGUUCAGUUUCAUAUUUGACUAACGAAGAAAAGUGUAAAGCACUUCAAAAUUCUGUUUCUUUACGUAAUUUGUUUGAUGAAAUAUGCAAACCGGUCACUGGUGUGAGCUUUUCUCCAUAUAAGUUUCGCUUAAGGACAUUUCAAGAUUGUUUCUUGGGCUCUGAGUUGGUCGAUUGGUUAAUUUUUCAACAGAAGGCUAAAACAAGGAUUCAAGCAGCAGCUUUAUGUCAAGCUUUAUUGGAAGGUGGCUAUAUUGAAUCAUUCUCAGAGCCAAGUAUUUUUACAGAUGGUUAUGUUAGAUAUAAAAAAGGAAAUCUGUUUUCUCCAAGUCCUGUACAAAUAAGUCCAAAUUUUGAAGUCCCGAUCCAGGAUGAACCCAGCUGGGUUCAGCAAAUAUCACAUGAAUCAAGCAAUACAGAUUCAGAAAAUGAGCAAAUAUCUCCAUCACUGCCAGGGUUAUCUAGUUCUAGUUCAUACAUGCUCAACUUAAAUGUAGAGGCCAGUACGGUAUAUCUGUCAAGGCCUACAGAUUUAUCUUAUGAUAUUCAGAACCAAGAUGUAGAAAAUGUUCAGCAGUGUGAGCAUGAAGAAACUACUGUUAUUAGACCAUCAGAACAGAGAGAGCUUGCUCCAGAAUCAGGAUGGUUCAAUGUACCAACACUUAGAGAGGAGAAUGGUGAAAAGGAAGCUUAUGAAUUAUUGUCUGAAACUUACGAACAACAUGAACAAACACUUCUAAAACAAUUAUUGUCUUCAAGAAGUCUACCUCAUUCUUGGGAAAGUGUUCUAUUACCAUUAAUUCAGGAUAUUGUUAGUGUUGUGAGACCCGAUAAAAAUCAUGAUGCAAUAGAAUUAGAUAUAAGAAACUAUGUUCAAAUCAAAAAGCUUCCCGGAGGCAACAAAAACGAUACUUGUUUGGUGAAUGGUAUUGUAUGUUCUAAAAAUGUGGCACAUAAGGAAAUGUGUACAGAUAUUGAAAAUCCUAAGAUAUUAUUACUCGAGUGUUCAAUAGUGUAUCAGAGGACUGAAGGAAGACUAAUGUCUUUGGAGCCAGUUAUGAUGCAGGAGCACGAAUAUCUUCGCCAUGUAGCUUGCCGUAUAGUCUCUCUUCGUCCAGACGUUGUUCUAGUACAUAAAAACGUUUCCAGGCUGGCUCAAGACAUGCUAAGGAAAAAUAACAUCACUUUAGUGUACAACGUCAAACAUACUAUACUCGAGAGAUUAUCCAGAUGCACACAAGCUGAUGUCAUCACUUCAGUGGAUGCUCACAUUGGACGCCCCAAACUUGGAACCUGUAAGCGGUUCUACUUGAAGAAAUAUAAUGUUGGAAACGGUACACAAAAAACGCUGAUGUUCUUCGAAGGCCUACCAUGUCCUUGGUUGGGCGCCACUGUCUUAUUAAGGUGCCCAUCGAAAAUAGAACUGUCCAAAGUGAAAAAAAUAGCGUCAUUCCUUUUAUUUGCCUGUUAUAACUGGCGACUGGAAAAGUCAUUCCUGAUGGACGAAUUUGCCCUACCUCCUAAUUCGAAAAUCGAAUUCUUGGACGAUAGCCUGGAAAGUUCACCACAGUUUCCAAAGCCAAAAAUGUCUAUAGAAGAUCAAAUUGAUGAAGACACUCAAAAAUCCGAAACAAAGAAAGAACAAAUACCCGAAAAGAAAACUAAACCGUCCGAAAACAAUACUCAGAAAAUCACUGGCGAGUCCGUCAGUGAUUUUACCGAUCCUUUACAAUCCUCCUUUGACUUAAAUAAAACUGAUUUUGUGGUAGAUUCAAACGAAACUCUAUCGGUAGCCGAGUUACCGUUUUCUAAUAAUUUUAAAAAGCAUUUGGACGACACGAUCUUGUGUAUUUCCCCGUAUGUUAUGUUUCCUAUUCCUUAUUUGGAGACUGAUUCUGGAAAGAAGACUAAGUUGCGACGGUUUUUCUACAAGGAUUUGUAUUACAGCGAACAGUUCGAGGGGAACGUUAAAAACAAGAGAAAAACUUUUGAGGCGGAGAAGAAUCUAGAGACCGAGAACAAUCACAAAAAUGUCUCACCUUUGCAUCCUUUUCAAACUGUUCAAAUAACCAACGUAAAUUGCAACGAUAUACAAAAUUUGUUGGCUCAUUUCCGAGCCUCUGGCGGUCAGUACCGCAAAAAAGAAAUCCUAGAUGUCAUAGAAACGAACGACGAAAAAUCACUUAGUAAAGAUAACUGCGAGACAAAAAAGGACGUCCUGGAUCCAGUAAAUCAUCAAAGAUUGGCAGUGUUGUUCUGUAGUUUUAGCCACGAAUCUAGCAACGCUCCAGCCUUCUGCGUCAAUCCAUGGGUGGUGUAUAUGGAUUUUUAUGGACGAAAUGAUAUUCCCAUAGGAUGCUUUUUAGAGCGAUAUUGCUUCCGCGCUACCUAUGCCUGUCCGUCAAAAACUUGUGUUACGCCUAUGGUUAAGCACAUCCGCCGAUUUGUUCAUAAUUUAGGAUGUGUUACAAUUUCUUUGAACAACUUUGAAAAUGAGUUUACGGAAGAAGGUAUUGUAAUGUGGAGUUGGUGUACCAAGUGUCAAAGCGUAUCGCCGGUAGUCCCAAUGUCUUCUGAUACUUGGUCAUAUUCUUUUGCAAAAUAUCUGGAACUCAGAUUUCAUGGUGAAAUUUUUAGCAGAAGAGGGCAAAAUUCAUGCAAACACAGUUUACAUCAUGAUCAUUUUCAAUAUUUCGGCUACAAGAACUAUGUCGCUUCAUUUAAGUAUUCUUCUAUAAAUAUUUGGGAAAUUUCACUACCAUCCUCACUAGUACAAUUAACAUAUGAUACAGCGAAUCUUCAUCAAGUUUUGAUUGACGAUACAAAAAAAUACGCUCAAAAAGGACACGAAAUAUUGAACCUUAUUCAAGAUAAAGUUUCAUCUAUAACUACAGAGGAUUUGGAAGGCGUAGGAAAUAUAAAGCAACUCCUUUCGAAAGAGCAAGCGCAAUUUAAACAAAAAGUUGAAGAAGUACAGCUGAAACUCACUUCACCUACGGUCGAAAAUAAAGAUUUCGAUACCAAAGUUUUGUGUCAAUCUUACUGGAAAAUACAGGACAAUGUUACAAGAUUGAAAAUAUAUUUAAUGGAAGUGACAGAAACAUGGAACUCAUAUUUGACUGAAGCUCUAAGACAAGACAAGAAAAAAGAGAAACAUGCGGUAUCAGAAAUUGACAGCCCUGUUGGAGAACUGACCGAAUCUAAAACAUUCGGAAAUACUUCGAAUGAACAUGAAAAAGAUAGUACAUUAGAAAAUUGUGAUCCGAGACGUCUUUCUGAUGCUUCAAUUGCGACUCACAUCGAAGAAAGUACUGAUAGUAAAAAAGAUUUGUCUAAAAAGUCAGAAAAAACGGUAAAAACUAUUUUUGACAAGUUUUUACCGUCAUCGGGGACAUUUAACCUAGUUCAGGCCCCAUUUUCACCUCAAGAACACUAUUUGUUACCUAUAGGACAAUAUGGACCUGUUAUAGUAUACGAAAAUGAAGUAUCUUCCAUAAUUGCUUAUGCUUUGAACAGUAUUGAUUAUAAGAAGUCCUUGGAGGAACUGACAUCAAAAAAAUCUAUUGCAAAUGAGCAGACGCCAAGUCCAAUCGCCAAACGAAAAAAUGUUGCAGGAGAUAAAGAGAAAAACGAUGGAGGUGAAAAAGGUAGCGGACUGUUAGGAUUUUUACGAACUAAAGAUUCUAAAACCGAUUUGGGGUCUUCGGUAUCGUCUAGUGUCAGCGAAAUAGUUGAACCAGAACAAUCAAAUACACAAGACAAACCUGAUGACGCGAAGAAAAGUAAACAGUCACAUGUGGAAGUCCAGUUCCAGGACAGUACUUGCAAUUUUUUCUGUCGAAUUUAUUUGGCGGAGAAAUUUGCUGCUCUUAGAUCUGUGGUUUUUCCAACAGGAGAAGAAACCUACAUCCGGUCUCUGUCCAGGUCUGUUCACUGGAAAGCCAGAGGAGGAAAAUCUGGUUCAAAUUUCUCCAAAACCAUGGAUGAUCGAUUCAUCUUAAAGGACAUGUCGAAAACGGAGAUUCAACUAUUCCUCGAAUCAGCCUCUAACUAUUUCGUUUACAUGCAGAAAUGCUCAACUACAGCUCAACCUACUUUAUUAGGGAAAAUUCUGGGCAUUUACCAGAUUAUAUACAAGAACAACUCCAAUGUAACUUACCGUAGUCACGUCUUGGUCAUGGAAAAUCUUUUCUAUAACAGGGAAGUGUCUCAAAAAUUCGAUUUGAAAGGCUCGAUGAGGAACAGGCUCGUUGUUCCAGAGACCCAGGAAGGAGAGAUAGUUCUUUUGGAUGAAAACCUUUUAAAAAUGACUUGCGACUCGCCACUGUAUGUUUUACCACAUUCCAAAGAAGUCUUAUUGGCUGCUAUACAGAACGAUACUGAAUUUCUGUCCACUCAGUCUGUUAUGGAUUAUUCAUUGUUAGUAGGUCUGGAUACUAAAAAUAAAGAGUUAGUGCUUGGAAUAAUAGAUUAUAUAAGGACUUUUACAUGGGACAAAAGGUUGGAAACAAUCGUGAAAAGGACGGGCAUCUUGGGUGGUCAAGGGAAACUACCGACCAUAGUAUCGCCAGAAGAGUAUCAAAAGAGAUUCAUUGAAGCAAUGCACAAGUAUUUUUUGGAAGUACCUGAUCAUUAUGCCGGUUUGUGCAAAGGCCUAGAAGUAUAAGAAAGACAUAAGCUUUAUUUUAGUGAUUUUUUUAUCAAAGUCUGCCCAACGAGAGGAUACAUAACAGUGACAGUUAUUUCUGUCGUUUUAAUUCACAGAUAAAUUGUGUUUUUUGUCAUUUUUUUUGGAUUUCGUCUUGUCUAAAUAUUCCCCGACUCGUUGGACAGACUUUAUUGUAUUCCAUUAUUAUUAGUUCCAAAUGUAUUA